AUGCUACUCCUGGCUCAAUCAUUGAAGCUCUUAGUAUGUUCCGUGCUGAAGUUUAUCGACGACUCGGAGGCUGACCGCCAUCCUGGUAUCAAAGAGGCUGGGACGUCUUCUGAGGACGAUACCAAGAAGUCGAACGAGUCUGCUGUUCCAUCUGUGCCCAAGAUCCCAUUGUUGCAAGUGGAACUGGAGCGUGCGGGGAAUAGUACGUUCAGUUUACUGUUUCUCCUCUCGCGUGUGAUGUCGUGCAAGCGUAUUGACAUGUUCAACUCGGAAUCGGGGCCUCGGAUUGCGCACACCACCAAGAAGCUGCCGAUUGGUUUACCGCCAUUCUUAACUCCCAUAGUUUCGUCGAACCUGGUUCGAGCGCGAACCGGACCUCCCGAACGUGUUCGGUGA